AUGGCGGCGCCGCACCUGACGAGUGAUGACGAGAUCGCGUGUCUCGCAUAUCAGAUGAGCGAGUUGGCGACUGACGUCUUCAGUCUCACAAACACUCGUCCGAGCUCACCUGUCCUUCGCCUCAACUUACGAUGGUCGGUUUCCAAUAGAAAUUCUUUUGAUCGAUGAAAAUAUGGAAUCUCUUUCAAAUAGAGGGCUUCCACUGAAUUAUUUUAAUUUUUUUUUUGUUUUAAAAAAAAUCUGAUGGCUUCCAAAAGAUUCGACAAACUUUUUUUCUAUCUAAACAAGGCUGACGUACGGACUUUUUGAAAAUUAUUUUUUUGAGCUUUUUUUCGUUCCGUUUUAAAAAAAGCUUGUUUUUUUGUUGAAAUGGUGAAAAAAAGUAAAGAAAAAAAGUAAUAAUUUUGCAUUUGAAUAGCCUUUUUUUGGUUUUUUUAAAACUGAUGUUGAAAUACUACAGUUUUUCAGUAUUUCAACAUAUCUUCAAUUCAGCCUUUUUUGAAGCUUGAAAACUUUUUUGGGAGUUUCAUCACUUUUUUUUUGACUUUUUGAAAGAUUUAUUUACUCUCAAUUUUCAAUUUGAAAAAAACAAAAAAAAAUCAUAAUGUAGAAAGUAGAUCUUGUGGAUUUUGAGAGUCGCAAAGGAUGGUGCAAAGUUUGUAAAUUACGUUUAAUGAAUGAGAAACGAAGUAUUUUAGAUUGGCUGGACCCACAUCUGUCUCUCAAAUCUCAUCAUCCGCAAGUAUGGACAGGAAAUCCUCGAACAAAUCUUGUCAGUUUUUUUUCAAAGUUUUUUUUUCCGGCCGUUCAAGCUACAUUGAGCUGAGGAAAGGGCUGAAAGUCACAGAAACUUGAUUUUUUCCAGGACCAAAGCCGGCUACCCAGAAGGCGUCACGUUCGACGUUCAGACGUACUACGACGACACGGAGACGAUGCGGAUCUUUCGGACGGCGGCAGGUGUUUUGGGACUGUCGGUGGACGACAUGUGGGAGAUGUACGGCGACUUUCUCGUCACCUAUUCCUGCGAAACGGGCUGGCAGAAAAUGCUCUUUUGUAUGGCCAACAACUUGCAGGUACAGCAAACUUCUAUACUGCAAAAAUACAAUUCUUUCGAUUCGAUUUUACUUUCAAGGCAGUCUUUUUUGAAGGAGUUCCUCGACAACCUCAACAGCAUGCACUACUUCAUCGACCAGAUUGCGUUCAAGUCCGAAAUGAAGGGACCGACUUUCCAAUGCGAGGCUUUUGGGGAGAAUGGCCUCAAAUUGCACUACUUCUCGUUUCGCCAAGGAUUGUUCCCCAUUGUCAAAGGUGAAUUGAAAAUGAAAUAUUUUUUAGAUAGAACGAAAGGUUUUGAGUUUUAAGUCGAAACAUUCGAAGAUUUUGUCGGUCGCUUCAAGAUGAAAUAAAUUUCUUCGAAAAGAUUUCUAGACUUUUAUAAAAUCCCAGUUUGAAGUGCCACGAAUCUUAGAAAUGGGAGAGAAAGUAUUGUAAGAUUACAAACGAACUUUUUUCUAUAAGGUCACUUCAAAAAAAAAAUUGGAAAUUUCAGGACUGGUCAGAAAAGCGGCAAGAACUCUAUUCGAAAUGGACGUCAAGGUUUUUUUUUUUCUAAUCUUCAUAUUAAAUAGAAACUUUGAAUAAAUGCAGGUGGUGAUGCUGGAGCGUAAUCAGGAGCGUCGUAAAAGUGGAAUGGUGGAACACGUCAUUUUCUCGAUUGAACCUGACGAAAAUCAUCGGAAAGGGAAGCGACUCGCCCACAAGUUCCGCAAGAUCAAAACCAUCGAAGAUUUGGCCGCAGUUGAGGUGUCACUUUAGUGGCGUUGCUAAGAAGUUACUAAAGUGUUUUGAAGGUGCCUUCAAUGCCAUUAUCCCUUAGAGACUUCAAACACAUCUUCCCAUACCACGUUUGCUUCAAUAAACAAAUGGUUAUCGAUCACUUGGGUCCGUUUUGAGAUCUCAAAACGACAGAAUGGAAUAAUUUUGUUGCUCUAGGUAUCUAUUUGCUCAGAGAAUACGGGUUGGAGAACAGAAAGACGUUGAAAGUGAGCGAUUUGCUGCAGAUGGUGCAACCUUCCGACAUUCAGGUGCUGACAGCAUAGAAUUUUGGAUCUAUAAUGUUCAGAUCAUCGGAAAGGAGCCCUUGAAAUUAUCAUUUUGAGUACUUCUUGAAAAAAGAUUCUUUUCAGCUGACUUACAAGAACGUGCUGAGCUACCAGAACACGUUGUUCAUCUUCCAACUGAAGCACCACAGCCGCCGGAACGAGGUCGAGCAGGGCAGCAGCGAGGCCUUCCAGCAGCCGCUCGUGCUCAAAGGCGAGAUGAUGCCGGUCAACGACGGCAACUCCAUCAUAUUCAUCUGUUCUCCUCACGUCACCACCGUCCGGGACAUCCUCAAGUUCAAGUUGUUCAUCUCCGACAUGCCGAUUCACGAUGCGACCAGAGACUUGGUCAUGUUGAACCAGAGCCGGAUCUGUCAGAUGGAACUGAAGUGGGUUUCUCGUUAACGGAUACUUUGAAUAUUGCUGAAAAUAUUCGAUAUGGAUCAGAGGUAUGACUAUUUUUCAGCAAAAAGCUGGAAGAGACAAUGAAGAAAAUGAAGGGAAUGGCCGAACAACUAGAGUUGAAAAAGGCGCAGACUGACCAGUUGCUCUUCGAGUUCGUGCCGCCCGUCAUUGCUCAAGCUUUGCGAGCAGCGAAGCCUGUACCAGCUCGUGAGUGAAUGGAAACUUUAACUAAAGAAGUUCGCUGAUGAAAGAAGUUAUCUACACGGUGGAAUUUUCUGUGUCUCUCAAGUUAGCGUAAAAGUUCUCUCUUCAGAAAAUCUUUUAAAUACUGUUUAGGUGUCGUUCUUUGAAACUAUACAAUCUUCUUAAAUGUUGCUGUUUUUCUUCUUCUAAUAGAUCAACUUACAGAAGAGUUUUCGGAAUGUUCUGUCAUUUUCACGGACCUCCCAGACUUCUUCACGAUCAGCGUUAAUUGCACGCCAAACGAGGUUGCAAAAAUGACAAAUAGAGAAAUGGAAAACAUAUUUUUGCAGAUUAUUGAAGUCAUCGCCAACCUUUUUCAUCGUUUUGAUCGGUUGAUCGAUAAACACAAGGUAAAAUAUUGUAACUGAAAAAGAAAUUUGCAACUUUCUGCAAAAUAACUUUUGGUCUGAAAAAUUAAAUUUAAAAGCUAUCGUUUCAGGGCUACAAAGUUUUGUCAUUAAUGGACAGUUAUUUGAUUGUUGGCGGCGUGCCAAAUGCUAACCAGUAUCACUGCGAGGAUUCGUUGAACUUGUCCCUGGGUCUUCUAUUCGAAGGGAGAAAAGUCAUCGUGCCCAAAUUGAACCAACCUGUCAGGGUAUGUUGCCAUUUCCUUCAUUUUUAAGAGGAUUAGAAAAAAGCCUUGUGAUCAAGAUUUCAAGAAAAAAAGAACAAUGGGAAAUUCAACUUCAAAAAGCUAAGGAGUGAUAUUCAUACUAUUCAGGUGAGAGUCGGAGUUCACUGUGGGCCAGUUGUAGCCGGUAUCGUUAGUCAGCAAAAGCCGAGGUAAUGAAAAUAAUUUUUGAUUCUUAUCCCUGUUUUUCAAAAAGACUGCAUGCAGUAUGCAUAUGCAUAAAUCUUCCUUAUGGUUUGGUAGUUCAAUCAAACAAAUACAUAGACACAAUUUCUCAAAACCCACUCGAAACAUGGGAAAUGUGAUCAAAUUUUUAUUUCUAAUACAAAUUUUGAAUUGAGUGAAGAGAAAACUUUUCAAAAAGGAAAAAUUGAAAAUCGGAACAGAUUUCCGGAAAUUCCCGCAUUAAUGCUGUUUCGCUUUUGCGCGUGGAUCCCAAUGCUUAGUCUUCUUGCGUACAAAACAAUUGACCUCACGAAAAAAACAGGAAAUUUUUUUAUUAAAAAAACUUUUUUUACAAAUAAAUCAAUUUUUUUGUUUGGGUUCAAAGUGUAUUUAUAUUAUCACUCUAAAAAAAUUCGCUUUGUUAACUUAAUACGCUUUUAUAAUUUUGGUAGAUUUGCUGUGUGAACAGAAUUCCAAAAAAAAAGUAACAAACCGAAGCAGUGAUUUUUAAAAUAUUUUGAAGUCAUUUCAAUUUUAAUUUCAUAAAAAAUUAUCAAACAGUCUUUAAAAGUUUUUUUAGUGAUUCCGAAAUACUUUUAACCGUUCUUCUGUUGCUAUUUCUUUAAACGACAAUUGUAAAAAUUCAAAUAGAUUCUGCGUCCUGGGAACUACCGUCAACGUGGCCAAGUCGAUUUGUGGGCACAGUGCGCCAGGCCAGGUGCUAGUAAGCAACGCAGUUCGAGCGUAAGUUUCAUAAUUUUUUGUUUUCAACUAAUCUGCUUUUUAGGGUUGUCACGAAACAUCUGCAGAGCAUUUUUGUCUUCACAUCUCAUGGAUACGUCGACAUUGCCGGCGGCAAAGUUCUCACUCAUUAUUUGGAGAAAAAUGAGAAGCUCAGCGUUUGGGAAAUAGUUGAUAGGGAGAAAGGUUAGUUCAAGGGUUUAAAAUUGAAAAUUAAGUUUUAAUGGCAGCAAAGGCAAUAAAUAAAGUUCAGGUCCAACAGAUUCUAUCGACGGCUACAAGGAGCUGCAUUCGGAGGAUGGAGCUGUGGAAUGGAUGGAAGCCAGCAACGCGGCUCAAUGCGCUAAAUCGGUAAGAGUUUAUUUUUCUCAAAAACGCUAUCACCACUCAUUCCAUUCAACUAUUUUGAAGAGAAGUUAUGCCUUUUUUUUCAAGAGCUGUGAAGAAUUUUGAAGCUUCAAGCCUAAAAUUCAUUUUUUUUUAGACAGAAAAAAAAGAUAGUGUUAAUGUUUCGGAAAAGCCUAUGACGAUUGAUAAAAGUCUUUUGGCAUUUCAGAUAAUCGACGCGAUGCACCCGGUGCCAAGUCGGACGAAGAGAGCGCUGACCAGGCUGCAGUCGGUCAAGCGCAAGUUCCGGACGAUUCAGAGCAACGACAGCGGCAUUUCGGUUGGCGGCCCCAGCGUCGAGUCCACCGUCUGCACCAUUUGCUGA